AUGUUAUCACAUCUCAUCAAGGAACACAAUCAACGCCAACAAAAGGUCCGAGAGGAAAAUGACAAGAGGAGGCACAAAGCCAAGGAUAGUCUGCAAUCGGUCAGUCAUGAAUUGAUCGAUCAAACAAAUAGUGAUGUCAUCAAAGUUUUUCAAAAUCAACAAAUGAUCGAAAAUGAAGCCAAACAUCUUCAUGCCCAAGUAGAAAAAUUCAACAAACAAACAACACAAUGGAUUCAAACUUUCCAACAGUUAAAUCAAUGUGUAAAGGAAUUGGGAGAUGUUGAAAAUUGGGCCAACCACAUCAACAAUGAUAUUAAAUAUAUUGUAAAUAAUAUUGAAAAACAUCAAAAAACUACACCAUAAUUUAAUUAGAUCGUACCAUUAAUAAUGCAUCACUAGAUUUCUCUUUAAAGAAAUCUGUAAUAUUAGUUUGAUAUUGUGUUAGAGAAAUAUUAUUAUUGGGAGAUUCUACCAAACUUUUAAAGAAAUCACAAUGUACAGCUUUAGAAUUAAAUCCAAACCUUUUCUUCAUAAA